AUGGAGGAGCAGCCGGCAACGAAUGAGGAGGAGAGCUCGUUGAUGGCAAGGAAGUUGAGGCCAAGAGACAAGCUCAAGACGCCGGCCAAAGCAGCCACAAGUGAAGUAGAGAGUUUGAUGCGAUGGAAAUCCAGCCUAUCAUCUUGUUCUUCUCUCAAGUCUUGGUCCAUCAACAACAUCAGCAACCACUGCAGAUGGAUUGGCAUUAGCUGCAAUGGCGGGGUAUCUGUCUCUGGGAUUGAUCUCCCCUUUGCAGGCCUUGCAGGGACAUUGGAACUGUUCCAUUUCACUGCAUUGUUGAAUCUCACCACUUUCAACCUCAGCGGGAAUUAUCUCAACGGCUCCAUACCAGCUGCUCUCGGCAACCUCACAAGCCUCACACUGUUGGACCUCUCCCACAAUAUGUUUUCCGGCGCCAUUCCACCAGAGAUCGGCCGCUUGACAGAGCUUCGAUACCUGAGCUUCUCCAAAAACCAUAUGGUUGGAGAUAUCCCAUAUCAGAUUGGCAAUCUGAGGGAGGUGCGCUUCUUGGAUUUGGGCUUAAAUCACUUUGAAUCUCCUGACUGGUCUAGAUUUCCCACAUUCCCUUUCCUAACUCACCUUAAUCUUGGUUUCAAUAAACUCAACUUGGAAUUCCCACAUUUCAUAACCACAUGUCUCAACCUUACUUUCCUUGAUUUGUCUCGAAACAACUUCACAGGCCAACUUCCUGAAUCAUUGUUCACCAAUUUGGUCAAACUUGAAUAUCUUAACCUCACUAGCAAUGGUUUCCAAGGCCCCCUCUCACCAACUAUCACUAACCUCUCCAAGCUGAAGGAUCUUCGCUUCGGCAACAACUUCUUCUCUGCCAACAUUCUUGAUUCAGUAAGCCUUAUUCCAAGCCUGCAAAUUCUGGAGCUGUACAAUAAUUCGUUCAUAGGAGAAAUUCCUCCUUCUAUAGGCCUACUCACAAAUCUCCGAACUCUAGACCUUCAAAUGAACAGCUUCAAUUCCUCCAUUCCUCGAGAGCUCAGCCGGUGUAAUAAGCUGACUUACUUAGAUUUAUCCAAGAAUUCACUCUCGGGGCCAUUGCCGCCAUCCUUAUCAAAUCUGGGCAAUUUAUCUGUGUUGGGACUAUCUAACAAUAGCCUGACUGGUGAAAUAUUGACCUCUUUCAUCACAAGUUGGAGAAAACUAAUCUCGAUACAGUUUCAAGACAAUGAAUUCAGUGGAGAACUUCCAUCAGAAAUUGGCAUGCUCACAAACCUCGAAUCUCUGUUUCUCUCUAAUAACUCGUUUUCUGGCACCAUCCCACCAGUGAUAGGAAACCUACAAAAAAUCAUGUGGCUGGACCUUUCAGCCAAUAACUUUUCAGGUCCAAUACCAUCCACCAUUGGAAAUCUUACAAAUCUGUGGUUCUUAGGCAUCUCUUUCAACAAACUAAAUGGUCCAAUACCAUCCACCAUUGGGAAUCUUACAAAUCUGAUGAUCUUAUUUCUCUCUUCCAGCAAAUUAAACGGUGAGCUCUCAUCCCCUAUCUAGCAUGGGUUUUAAGAAAUACUCCCUUCGUCUCAUAAAUUUUGUCACACU